UUUUCGAUUACCGUUCGUUUGCAUUUUCGUGCUGGACGUACAAAAGAAACCAGUCAUCCAUUCACACCUUCUUAUUAUUUUUAGUCUGCCUCUAUCGCACAUCGCCGUUCGGUCACUUCCCUCUCGUCUUCCGUCGCGGUCUUCCCUUCAAGUGUCUCUUGCUGUUUGCAUUUCAAACUCAAGAAGUCUCUCUCUCUCUCUCUCUCUUUCUCUCUCUCUCUCUCACUCACUGGGCUUUGUCCGACCUCAACGCAACAGACGUUAACGAAACAAAUCCCGCCCUUUUUUUUUUUUUUUUCAUUUCAAAAAGAUCAAAAUCCCUUUUUUUUUUUGAAAUCUUUUUGGCAGAACCUACUUUUUUUUUUCUUUUUUUUUUUUUUCUUUCGGUCAUUUUCCUUCUCAACAAUGAGCGUCCUGACACAGUCUCGCGAGCAGCAGCUCGUCGAUUUUGCGGCCACCAUGGUCGAGCAACAGCAGCAGCAGCAGCAUCUUCAGCGACCGUCCGCAGCAGCAGGAGCAGCAUCACUGCUCGAUUCGGCACAGCAGCGACGGGAGCGGCGAUUCAGUGGCGCAUGUGCCCCUCCCUCGUCGUCGCUGGCGACCUCGCAAGCACAGCAGCGCGCCAUCCUCAUGCGGCUGGGCGUCUUUCUCAGCGAAUUCCGCUUUGAGCUGCGGCGGCGCCCGUCGUCCAUGCUCCUCGGCAAGGUCAACGAACCGCAGGUGAUUGAAGAACCGCUGACCGUGCCCCGCGACCUUGUCGGCCCCGUGUCGGACAUUGUCGCAAGCUUUAUCGACGCUGGAAACGCGACCGCAUUGAUGCACAAACGCGCCGCAGAAGAAUCAGAACAACACCAAGACGAGCAGCCAUCCGAGCAAGCGCAGCUGCUGGAGUCACCACCGAGCAGCCCACCACUCGUCGCAUCGGACUCUGAAGACGAGGCAAUCCCAGAGCUGUCGGUCUUUAUUCGCGGUGUUUUGCGGCGGUCGAACGUCUCGUUCGCCUCCGUGCUCGUGGCCAUCAUUUACAUGUUCCGAAUCCAAGGCGAUGCAGCUGUCGGGCGGACAUCGACCACCGCGGCCGCACGGCGAGCAGCCAACAUGACCAAGUCUGGGCUGGCGCGUGGAGGCCCGCAGCCGUUUGCGCGCUCGGCCUUCUUCCAGCACCCACACGAGCUCUUCAUGGCCGCGCUCAUCACCGCCGAAAAGUACCUGUACGAUGUCGGCACGGUUGGCCUCGACUAUGACCUGCGAUACUGGUCGCACGCGACCAAGUUCUACACUGUCGGCGAGCUGGGCGACUUUGAGAUGGCCAUUCUUGCAGAGCUUGACUACUCGUGCACAGUGGCAGACAGCGAGUUCGAGUCCUCGCUCAACUUCCUCAAGCGCUUUGUCGAGAGCCCGCAGACAGCGUCGGCCUUCAUGUUGACGCCGCCGACCACUCCGCCCAACGUGUCGCCAUGCCGCUCUCCCAAUGUCUCGGACUAGACAAGAACAAUUCGUUCUUUUCGCCUGUGUGUACUGUACCUGCCGCUUCUUCGAUUUUCCCGCUUCAUGGUUUUUUGAUUGUUUUAUUGGGGUUUUUUUUUUCCUUUCCUUGUACUUGUACUCUUAUUCGCUAAUUAUCCCCCCCCCCCUGUGCGUUUUCCAAGCCAGUUGUGAAAUACAUUGAUUUUAC